CAGGCCGAGACGCUGAGAGCGAAUACAGCGCAGGCCGCUCUUAGCAAGCGGGGAGACCUCUCCACGAACCUCCACCCACCGCCUGGACCGGGCCAUGGCGGCGGAACCGUGCUCGCAGAUUGAAGCCGAACUUUAUUACCUGAUCGCCAGAUUCCUGCAGUCUGGACCAUGUCAGAAAUCCGCUCAGAUGCUGCUGCAGGAGCUGCACGAAUGCGAGAUCAUUCCGAAGCGCUGGAGCUGGGAUGGAAAGCAGUUUAAGCGAAGCUUUGAAGACUGGGUCUUGUUAAAUCAGCACAUACCUGCGGAUUACCUGUUGCGCGUGUGUGAGCAGAUUGGCCCAUUGAUAGAUAAACACAUUCCUCCUAGUGUUUCCGGAGUCCACAGUUUACUGGGCAGCGGGCGACAGUCAUUACUACGGACAGCACAAAGUUCUUCUCAUACAGCAUGGAGUGGUUCUGCAGUAGUCGCCUUGCACAGGGGACGGCCCCCAGAACCACCUCUCAACUGUGCCAAACCACCAAAUAUAGUGUCAAUCAUGGGUGCUCGCCAAAAAACAGGAGUGGCUCGAUUUGGCCACGUCUUCCCCUCCUGUACCUAUCAGCACAUGAAGAUGCAUCGAAGGAUUCUGGGCCAUCUCUCAUCAGUGUACUGUGUGGCAUUUGACCGCACUGGGCAGCGCAUUUUUACGGGUUCUGAUGACUGUCUGGUGAAGAUCUGGGCGACGGAUGAUGGCCGUCUCCUAGCCACUCUGCGUGGACAUGCGGCAGAGAUUUCAGACAUGACUGUGAAUUUCGAGAACACGCUCCUUGCUUCCGCCAGCUGUGACAAGGUCAUCCGCGUGUGGUGCCUGCGUACCUGUGCACCUGUGGCAGUGUUGCAGGGGCACACAGCCUCUAUCACCUCCAUACAGUUUUCUCCAUCAGCAUUAGGUUUCUCUCGGCAUCUGGCCACCACUGGAGCUGACGGGAUGGUGUGUUUCUGGCAGUGGAACUCACUCAGUAUGAAGUUUGAUGAUCGGCCUGUGAAGUUUAUGGAACGUUCUCGUCCCGGAGUUCAGAUAUCCUGCAGUUCCUUCAGCUCUGGGGGAUUGUUUCUGGCCACAGGAGGGACCGACCACAUGAUCAGAGUUUACUACCUCGGGACAGAGAUGCCUGUGAAGUUUUCUGACCUGGACUCCCACACGGAUAAAGUUGUAGCUAUUCAGUUCUGCAAUAACACCGACAGUCUCAGGUUUGUGAGUGGUAGUCGGGAUGGUACGGCUCGGAUUUGGCAUUAUCAACAGCAGGAAUGGAAGAGUACCGUGCUGGACAUGACCACCAGAUUACCAGGGAGUGCUGUGAUAUCAGGCGAUGACAAAUCGACCAAGUUGGUGGUGACCAUGGUCGCGUGGGAUCGUUGCGAUCGCUCCAUCAUCACAGCUGUUUCAAACUGCCUCCUCAAAGUCUGGAACUCAGCUAAUGGCCAAUUACUACAUGUGCUGUCGGGUCAUGAUGAUGAGGUGUUUGUUUUGGAAGCACACCCCUUUGACUCACGAAUCUUGUUAUCAGCUGGUCAUGAUGGUAACAUCUACAUCUGGGACCUCAGUAAAGGCCUCAAGAUCAGAAACUUCUUCAAUAUGAUCGAAGGGCAGGGUCAUGGUGCUGUGUUUGACUGUAAGUUUUCUGUGGAUGGGCAGCACUUUGCCUGCACAGACUCUCAUGGUCAUCUCCUCAUCUUCGGAUUUGGGUGCAGUCAGCCUUAUGAAAAGAUUCCAGACCAAAUGUUCUUCCAUACCGAUUUCCGGCCGCUGAUCCGGGACUCCAAUAACUUUGUUCUAGAUGAGCAGACACAGCAGGCACCCCAUCUUAUGCCUCCACCUUUUCUGGUGGACGUAGAUGGGAACCCCCACCCACCUCGUUCCCAGCGCCUGGUGCCAGGCAGAGAAAAAAACUGCAAAGAGGAGCAGCUUGUGCCACAGCUCGGCUACAUGGCUAAUGGUGAUGGUGAAGUGGUUGAGCAGGUGAUUGGCCAGCAGACUGCAGACGAGUCUCAGGAAGAAAGCCCAUUGGAUGACCUGAUUAGGCAGCUCCAGCACCAGCAAGAUGAGCGACUCAACUCAGGAAGUCCUACAGUAGGUGCUGAGGUGGCAGGUGGUCCUCUGUCACCCCCUAACGUUGGGCUGCGACGUAGCGGACAAGUUGAGGGUGUACGGCAGAUGCACAAUAAUGCUCCCCGAAGUCAGAUUGCCACUGAGAGAGACCUGCUGGCUUGGAGCCGUCGCGUGGUAGUUAAUGAAGUCCAGUCUGGCAUAUUCAGAGUGAUGGAAGACAGUAGGCGUGCUAAAGGAGAGGUAGAAAGGUCUUUCUACAAACAUUGAGAGAAGAAGAAGAAAUCUGCACCCACAACAGGAAGUGAGCCGUUGGGAGAGAGCGUUCGCAUGUUACGGAGGCCUCAGCGCAGACCUCAGCAGAGGAGACACACGUAUCAGACCCGCUCGACUCAAGAAAGGAGACGCAGCACAAGUGUGCUCUCGUACACCCAUAACGAGGAAAGUGUGGCAGAGUCCGACAGUGAAGUGGAGCAGGAGGAGGAGCAGAAUGAGAACAGUGACGUGUCCUCUGAUGGUGAAGCUCAGUGGGAGAAGGACAGUAGCUCCAGUGACUCUUCUAGCGAGUAUUCUGAUUGGACGGCAGAUGCUGGAAUCAACCUCCAGCCUCCGAAGCGAACAACUAGAAGGCUGCCAGCUCGUGUUGCUGGGAGUAGCAGCUCUGAGGAAGAGGAGGGGACGGGGCAGGGAGAAGGAGACGCUGAGAGAACGAGUAAACGCACUGAAAAGAAAAAAGAAACCAAACAGACUAAACAGCGGUCUGUGCCUGCUGGUGACUUAGAGGAAUGGUUGCCCCCAUCUUGGAUCAUGGAGACAAUUCCAAGACGAUCACCCUUUGUACCUCAAAUGGGAGAUGAACUGAUAUAUUUCCGUCAGGGUCAUCAAGCAUAUGUCCGAGCCGUGUCUCGUGCCAAAGCCUACAGCAUCAACCCUCAGAAACAGCCCUGGAACCGCCUGAACCUCAGGGAUCAGGAGUCUGUAAAGGUAGUGGGUAUUAAAUAUGAAGUCGGGCCGCCCACUCUGUGCUGCCUCAAACUGGCUCUCCUGGACCCCAUCUCAGGGAAAAUGACCAACGAAUCCUUCAGCUUGAAGUAUCAUGAUAUGCCUGAUGUCAUUGACUUUCUGGUGCUACAACAGUUUUACAAUGAGGCCAAAGAACGCAACUGGCAGCCUGGUCAGCAUUUCAGGAGCAUCAUUGAUGAUGCAUGGUGGUUUGGUUCGGUGGAGUGUCAGGAGCCAUUUCAAUCUGACUAUCCAGACAGCCUUUUUCAGUGCUACAUUGUCAGGUGGGAUAAUGGAGAGAGAGAGAAAAUGAGUCCAUGGGAUAUAGAGCCCAUACCUGAAGAAGCUCCACUUCCAGAGGAACAUGGUGGCAGUGUCCCGGUCACAGAGGAUGAGCUUCAGGCCCUGCUGUACACUCCUCAGGAGGGAGAGUGGGGGCUGCACACACGAGAUGACGAGUGCGAGAGAGUCAUCACAGCCAUAGAUCAGCUGCUAACGCUCGAUGUGGCAAAGGCAUUCUCCUGCCCUGUAGAUUUGAGGGAAUAUCCACUGUACUGCACUGUUGUGGCCUAUCUUACUGACCUCAGCACCAUCAGAACAAGAUUAGUGCACCGUUUCUACAGACGGAUCUCAGCACUAAUGUGGGAGGUGCGUUACAUUGAACACAACGCUCGAACAUUUAACGAACCGCAGAGCCCUAUCGUCAAAGCAGCCAAAACGGUCAGCAGCGUCCUGUUGCGUUUCAUCAGGGAUCAGACCUGUACUGAUAUCUUGGAUCUCUAUGAUAAAAUGAAGAGUGAAUCUAUCAGCAGCGAGGAAGAGGAAGAGGAGACUGUGGAUGUGGACUCGGACACUCCUGGCACCUCCACUGGUCAGAGGGUGAGACAAUUCAGCUUAUAAUUGAUUUACUAUGAA